CUGCGAGCUGUGAUGCAUCGACUCAUGGCGCAGAUACAGAAAUGCCCUGCCGUGUCGGCUGUGGAAGGCUCGGCGGAGGCUCGGCUGCGCAUGGUGGGGGAGAGGGAGCGGUGGAACAUCGACGUGCUGCUUCGGCUGCUCACCGAGCUUCUCCCGGAGGUCCGGCACGUGGCUGUCAAGACCUGCCCCGAAGCUAUCCUCGCCCUCGACAAACCUUCUCCCACUGCUGCAGCUGAUACGGCUGCUGCUGAGGCUGGUCGUGCUGGUGGUGGUGGUGAUGGGGGUGCAGGAUCAGAGGGAGGGGGGGAGGGGGCGGAUGCGUUGGGCCAGAGGAGUGCUAGUGGGCGGCAUCGUUCGGCAGCUUCUUUGAGUGGGAUAGAGUACGAGGAGACGUUCUUCACUGACGCUCUGCUGAAGCGAUAUGGCAGUGCGGGUGUGGACUGGCCCGCCUUUGACUGGAUGCCCAUGGACUGCCUGCCCACGCUUGUGCAGCUCGCCCUCAUGCUGCCGCCCAAGGAAGAGAGACUGCGCAUCCGCAUCUGCACGCUGCUGCUGACGGUGAGCAAGCUGUUUGGGCGCUUCUACCUCAUGGCGCUGCUGCUGCCGGUCUUCCUCACUGCCGCCGGCCACUCCAUCGACACCUCGCACCUGCCGCCCAAGAUCGCAUCCAGCAUCGAAGUGCUGCGCCCAGCAGGCCCCCCCUUGGAGCGCCUGUCGCGCAUGUGCGUGCUGCCGCUGCUGCUAGCGGGUGUGCUGGGCUCACCCAACAUGCGCGAGGGCUACCUCUUCAAGUACCUGCGAGAGUGGGUGGUUUCCACGUGCGCCCGCUCCGGUGCCUGGUCGCCGGCCUCCACGCCUGAGCUCAUUGAGGCUGUCCGCUUCCUCUGCCUGUUUGAGGAGCACCGUGAGACGUUGAGCAGUGUGGGGUGGGAGCUGGUGGUCAACCAGGCGCCAGCCGUUCGCAUCACAGCCGCCGUCAUCUUCCAGACGCUGGCGCCCUUUGUGGACGUGAAGCGGGUGAGCCAGCAGGUGCUGCCAGCGCUGAUCACCCUGGGGUCGGACCCCGUGCCGGAAGUGAAAUACUCCACCAUCGCUGCCCUGGGGUCCGUGGCGCAGCAGUUCAAAGAGGCCACGAUCGUGGAUAAGAUCCGAGUGCAGAUGGACUCAUUCCUGGAGGAGGGCUCUCACGAGGCGGUGAUAGCGGUGCUCAAGACGCUCACAGCGGCUGUGCCGGUGACCUCCAACACGCUGAGGGAGUACUCGCUGCACAAGGUGGCUGCCAUGGCCGCCGGACCCCUGCUGGCUACUGGCACCGUGGCGAAACGCAGGGAGAAGGCUGAGGCGCUCUGCUCUGCUGUCAGGGCACUGGAGCACACAGAGAUGACGCCGCAGCAGACCAACACGCUGUUCCUGCCAGCGGUGCAGGCACUGCUUAAGGAGCCCGAGCUCCUCAGCACGAGCAGCAGGGAGGCCCUGGAGGCCAUUCGCCGCGACCGCUGGGUCGGGAAGAUGGAGGACCUGGGGAAAUACGUCGGGAAGAGCUUGUUUGGGUUUGAGUCUUCCGGGCAGAAUAAGAAUCUGUUUGGCGGUGGACUGCUUGGCACGGCAUCGACUGGGGGCGGGGCGGCGAAACCUGCGGGGGCCGGGGGGGGAGGGGCGAGUGGAGGGGGGGCGGCAAGUGCUGCAAGCACUUUUAGUGGAGCAUUCAGUGGGGCUUUUGGCAACAAGCGGUAAGGGUAAGGGUUAUAGAAUGCGUAAUAUAAGCGAUUCUGGCCCAUGAUGUGGCAAUCCAUUGCAAGGGUACUAUAUGUAAACUGCUACCUGACCAGUAUUCAGGCUGAACGAAACAAAUGUUUUCUUAUAUUAUCUGCUGAAAUUCGAUAUGGUUGGG